UGUUGCAAAAAAGCAACAGCUAACAGACCAACUGUCUUCAUCUCCAAGACUCACCACCCAAUUUUCUAUCUUGUUCAUCAAGUAAACCACUGAUUAACAUCAACAUUUGACUCAUAAAUUACAGAAAGACAAACAAGCAAGAUUGUGCAUACAAAGAUCCAAAACAACCCCUGACCGUUUCACAUGUGAAACACCUUCUAGUUUCAAACUUUGUGAUCAACUAAAUUUCAAACAUGUUUGGAAGAGAUCCAUGGGGUGGAUCAUUGGAGAUGAACCAUGCGGAUUCAGAAACAGCGCAUGAUGAGCACAACCAGAACGUGAACGAUUUUGAUAAGGCCGCAGUGUCGCGGCCUUUAGACGAGACCCAACAGAGCUGGUUGUUGGGUCCCACGGAAAAGAAAAAGAAGAAGUACGUUGAUUUGGGUUGUGUUAUUGUCAGCCGUAAGAUCUUUGUUUGGACGGUUGGAUUGGUGGUAGGAGUAGGGUUUCUUGCUGGAUUCAUUGCAUUGAUUGUUAAUACUGUUCCUAGGCAUCACAAACACCCCCCUCCUCCUGAUAAUUACACUAUUGCCCUUCAAAAAGCUCUCAUGUUCUUCAAUGCCCAAAAAUCUGGAAAACUGCCAAAGCAUAACAAUGUUUCAUGGAGGGGUAACUCAUGCUUAAAUGAUGGGAAGGCUGAUAAAUCAGGCGCGGUCAUUAAAGAUCUGGUGGGCGGGUAUUAUGACGCUGGCGACACAAUCAAGUUCCAUUUCCCGAAAGCUUUUGCCAUGACCAUGUUAAGCUGGAGUGUUAUCGAAUACAGCGCGAAAUAUGAAGCUGCUGGCGAGCUUGAUCAUGUCAAAGAGAUUAUCAAAUGGGGAACCGAUUACUUCCUUAAAACCUUCAAUUCGUCCGCUGAUUCCAUCAACCAGAUCGUUUCUCAGGUUGGGAAAGGUGAUACAUCAGGAGGGGCAACUGAUCCUAAUGAUCAUAGUUGUUGGAUGAGACCCGAAGACAUAGACUACCCUCGCCCCGUUACCGAAUGCUCUAGCUGCUCUGACCUUGCAGCUGAGAUGGCAGCUGCAUUAGCUUCUGCAUCGAUCGUUUUCAAAGACAACAAGCCCUACUCAAAGAAACUUGUUCGUGGCGCUGCAACCCUCUGGCAGUUUGCUAGAGAUCAACGCGGGAUUUACAGUUCUGGUGGAGCUGAUGCUGGAAUGUUUUAUAACUCAAGUAUGUAUUGGGAUGAGUUUGUAUGGGGUGGAACUUGGAUGUAUUAUGCGACUGGAAAUCAAUCGUAUCUUUACCUUUCUAGCCACCCUAAACUCGCUAAGCAUGCUGGCGCGUUCUGGGGUGGGCCCGACUAUGGUGUUCUUAGCUGGGACAACAAGCUUACUGGAGCUCAAGUGUUACUAACACGAUUGAGAUUGUUUCUGAGCCCGGGUUAUCCAUAUGAAGAAACAUUGCAUACAUAUCAUAACCAGACAAGCAUAAUCAUGUGUUCAUACCUGCCAUACUUUAAAAGUUUCAACAGAACAAAAGGUGGAUUGAUCCAGUUAAAUCACGGGAGACCGCAGCCACUUCAGUAUGUUGUAAACGCUGCUUUCUUAGCUACCCUCUACAGUGACUAUCUCGAUGCUGCAGAUACCCCUGGGUGGUAUUGCGGGCCUAAUUUCUAUUCAAGCAACGAGCUACGCAAGUUUGCAAGGACUCAGAUUGACUAUAUCCUUGGAAAGAACCCGAAAAAGAUGAGUUAUAUUGUCGGUUUUGGCAACCACUAUCCAAAACAAGUCCAUCACAGGGGUGCAUCUAUCCCAAAGAACAGAAUCAAGUACAGCUGCACAGGAGGGACUAAGUGGAGAGAUGCUAAAUCGCCGAACCCAAACACUAUAGUUGGUGCUAUGGUUGCUGGGCCUGACAGACACGAUGGUUUCCAUGACGUGCGUACAAACUACAAUUAUACAGAACCAACUCUUGCUGGAAAUGCUGGUUUAGUUGCAGCUCUAGUGGCCCUUUCAGGUGACCGAACAACAAAGAUUGAUCAAAAGACCAUAUUUUCAGCAGUGCCGCCAAUGUAUCCGAAUCCCCCACCACCACCGGCUCCUUGGAAGCCUUGAGAACACUCAUUCGACUCGUGAUGGUUGUUUUUUUUAUGUUGUUUUGACUUAUAGUGACAAGAUUUUGCUAGGAGAAAGGUAAAUGAAAGCAUAUGGAUGUGGGGGUACCUGGUGAUUUACUGGUGAGAACGAAUCCUGUGAUUAUACAUGUAUAGUUAGUAUGUUUGUUUUGGCACGUGAACAAUUUAAUGUAUGUACAACUUGAUACAAUAUUGGUUUUCAAAUGAGUCUUUCUGAUUCCCUUUGUUUUCAAGUUUCUUAAUUUGACUUUCCAUCAAAAUUAAUGUUUGGUGAUAUUAAUAAGAGUUAAAUGUCAUUUUAGUUCA